GAUGACUGUAGGCUGAGUUUAUCAGUCACUCGCCUGCUGCAGCUCUGCUUCUCGCUGACAGUCAGCCAGUAGCCGCUGGAUCGUAGUUCACAACACGAACAAGUGGGAUUUACAACCGAGCUCAACUUCAGGAGUUAACAACAAACGACACUGUGGUUGUUUCACGCCCCAAUGGAGACUGUUCAGAAAUUGGUGUCUGGAUUCUCUGUCGACCUGGGACCACUGAAAGAACCUCUUGGGUUUAUUCGUGUCCUAGAAUGGGUCUUUACCAUCUUUGCCUUCUCUACCACUGGAGGUUACUUUGGGACAACCCACUUCAGUGUCAAAUGUGGAGACAAGGAACCACAGGAUGUUAAGGCUGUGUUUGCAUACCCAUUCAGGUUGUCAGCUUACCCAUAUAAGAUACCAUUGUGUAAUGGUAGCCAAUCCGAUGAGACCUACCUGCAGGGAGACUUCUCCUCCUCGGCAGAGUUCUUUGUGUGUGUCAGCGUAUUUGGGUUUCUUUAUUGCACCGCCACGCUAGUCCUCUACCUGGGCUACCAGAAUGUUUACCGCCAGACCACCCGCGGCCCCAUCAUUGACCUUGUGGUGACCGCUGCCUUUGCCUUCCUGUGGCUUGUGUCCUCCUCAGCUUGGGGCAAAGGCCUGACUGAUGUCAAAUGGGCCACUAACCCUGAGCACUUAGUGGAGCAAUGCAAGGGCUUCUGUCACCCAGGAGAGUUUCCUUCCAUGGGCCGCCUCAAUGCCUCUGUGAUAUUUGGCUUCUUGAAUUUGAUCCUGUGGGCAGGUAACUGCUGGUUCAUUUACAAAGAGACUGUUUUCCACAAGGAUCCCAACCCACCGCCCCCAUUGGAGGAAGUAGAGGCGCCUUACCCAGAACACUGAGGUUCCUCAGGCAAUCGCCUGCACCCACAGCUGAAAAGCUCUUUGCCCAACACUGGUCUCCUGCAGUUGUGAUUAAGAAUCCCUUAAUAAUAAAAAGAUUUGUCAAUUACAAAUAGCCGAAGUUAACCUCAAAACCUGAAAAAUCUUAAACCCCAGUGCCCAUGUGCCUUGAAAACACUAAGUGUGAAUACAAACUAAAUUCUUAACACUAUCUACCACAAGACUUUAUGUGACUGUAGCCUGAAACCUAAACUGUAUGUAAGUGGUGUUCAGCAGAGCAGACCUGUACAGUAUUUUUGCUUUAACAGCGUCUUCCGUUAUCUGCUCUUCAGGGAGCCACCCAGUGAUGAAAUUGUGAUGUAAGAACAUAUAAUCUCUGCUGGUCCUCUUCUGGAAAAGGGAAAGGACUAAUAUAAGUUGAAAUUAAAAACAUUCUCACAUCCAAUAAAAUUCGAUAAAAAGCAACAUCCAGACUAUAUGAAUUAUGUGGGAUUAGAUGCACUUGUGGUUUCUCUCUUGAGCAGGAUUAUUGUAGGCCCUUCUCUUGCAUUCAUUUAUCUGUAAGAGCAGAACGCUACAAUACAGAUUCUAACUACUUUAUUUUAAUUUCAAUAAAUGACUCAGCCUCAAGGUUAAAAUAUGUUGUAUGCUAUUUUUCCUCCAGUUAUAGAAACAGUCAUAACAUUCCCCCACCUCUGAGUCCUAUAAGAAACACUGCAAUAUGUUAGAAAACCACAUAUAUGUUAAACUUUCAAUUCACUUGGAUUUUCCUGUGCUUAAAAUAGAAAACACACAAACAUGGAAAACAUCACACUCCAAUCUGCUUUACCUCAGGAGGGGAAGCAAAGCUUUUGACUUUUGAAAUAGUUAUUUUCAGUGAUGUUACAGCUUGUGACAGCAUUUGCCACACUACUGUGUCCAGGCCAAGGCAGGCUCUCUACAUGUUUACUCCCACAGCUAAUGUAUUGAUGUCAGGUUAAACCUCAUUUAGUUCCUGUUAGUUCAAAAUGUUAUAUUUAAACUAGUCUGUAACAGUAAGGCUCCCCCUUGUUUGCAAAAUGAGACUUUAUUUACAUUAUUAUAUACAGGUUAUUGUAUUCUUUCUACAUUAUUUGGUCUGUUGUAUUUUUUAAAAAACACUGUUGGGUUUCUGUUUGUAUUGUCCAAUGAAAAAUGAUCAGUGUGCAACUUUUUUUUCCCUUACAUUUUUUGAGAUGUCACAUUCAUUGUACCAUUGUGUGUCAAAAGGGGCACGAUGUGGAUGGCAGAUUGAUGUAAUCCUGCUGUGUUUCUUUAUUACUCCUUCACCUAUUUUUUCUGUACAUGUAACUUGCAACAGUGCAGUAGAUAGCACUGGUUUUCUAUAGCUUUUCUAAUGAAGAAUGUCAGUGUUAAGGCAUAAGAAAAACAAAACAAAAUCACGCCUGACCCUAACACCACAAUACUAUAUUGAGUCACUGUUGACUCGGAGGGCCUGAAUUACCCUUAUGAAGUAUAUGUGUAUUAAUAGAUCGAACAGUGACUCAUAUGGCAACUAUCUGUGCAGCUUUAUUAUUUCAUACCCUUUUGAAUGUAAGGUAUUGUUUGAGGCACUAUAAGUAAAGUAAUAUAAUUCCACGUAUUUACAUUGAUUAUAUAUUUAUAUAUAUAUUAAUGAAUCAUUUAGUGUUGUUAGAAUGACAGCUUGAUAUGUCAAAAGUAACAUACAAGUUAGGCCAACAAAUCCGAAAGGAUUUACUUUGUCAGACCUAGAAGACUUUGCAACUGUUGAUAUGUGAAUUGGAAAAUGACAUAUCUAUUAUUCAAUUCAUUUUUAAUUCAAUUUUGUUUGCAUAGUCCCAAAUCUCAAGGCAGUAAUGUUGAGAUCUUACGAUAUUAUAGAGAAACCAAACAGUUCCCACACCAAACAAUUUCUUUGACAACCGGGGAGUGGGCGAGAGAGAAGUGCUUUAUGAAUGAUGGGAGUUCCCCCAGCAGUUUAGAUAACUAUAUCAUAACUAAGGGAUGGUUUAGGGCUCACCAGAGUCAUAACUAUAGGCUCUAUCAAAGUGAAACGUUGUUAGUCUCACCUUAAAUGUUGAGACCUUGUCCACCUCCAGAACCCAAACUGGUAGUGGGUUCCAGGAGAGGAGCCUGGUAGCUGAGGGCUCUUCUCCUACUCUUACAGUACGGAGCUAAAUUUAUGCCAAAACUUAUCAAACAAACAAUGUUUUACAAAUUCCCCACCUUUCACUUACAAACACUGUGAGGUUUGCAAAUAGAAAAACACAUUAUAAACUAAUGCAUUUAGUUUCACAAAUACAAAACGCACUUCACAAACAAAUACACAUAUUUCUAAUAAAUAAUGCUUCAGCAUUUCAUGCAAGUACAAAAAUAAAUCCCACAAGGACAAAAAUAUGUGUCGUACAUGUAUUAAAAAUACAUCUGAAAAGUAGGACACUAAACAAAUCACGUGAAUUUUGUCACGUUUUUCCGCUGUUGUGUAGGGUUAGGGUUAGCGCUUUUCUAGUCUUGAUCUCAACAAAAGAGGGCUCCUCUUCCAUGAACACCAACAAAGCAUAUACCAUAUAUCUACUGUUAAAUUUUCCUCGCCAACAUUUGAAGAUAAAAGCUGGUUUUAAAAUUACUUCAAAGUCUUUUUAACUGAUCUACAGUUCAGCAUUACUGUUGAACUUGCUGGACCUGGCAAUAUAGAAUUAUAGAAUUAUAUUGCCAGGUCCAGCUCGUUAUUUAAAGAACAAGUAUUCAGGGUAAGGAGUGGAAAUGACACCAUUCUCCCUAUAUCAAGGCAGUGUUGCUUUAAAUGAUCUAUUCUCUAUCCCUUUUUGUUCUGUGAACAUCUUUUUUGUUUUUGUAUAAACAAAAUCAAUAAGGACAAAUCUAAUGUAAGUAAUAUAAUCCUAAAGACGUUAGAGCUGCAAUUUAAUUUAAAUACCAAGAUUUUCUCUUUUAGAUUUAAACCUUGUAAUGUUUAAUAUUUGUUUCAUCCACAAAUAUUUGACAACUAAAGCUCUGGCCACUAGAGGGCGCUCUGACUCUUGUGUAGUGAUUUCUGCUGAUGGUUACUAGCACCUCCAAUAAAUGGCAAGAGUGACGAUGUAGAGAGGAUUGUCAAAAGGCAAUGACGACUUUAGUGUAUGCUGCAUGUUUGAGGAAAGCUUAAUCUUUAUUCCUGUCUGGCUUUAUCUAGAGCACAGUAUUGUAAAAGGUUGAAAACAGUUCAACCAGUUUUGAAAUAAUAUUUCCCCGGUUCAUAAUCCCAUCUUCAAUUUGGUCAAAGUGAAGGUUUCAUUUUAAAAUGGUGUAAGACAGUGUACUGAUGAAGAGCUAACUGAAAGUAGGCAUCCCUCAACACGAAUGAUGAUGCCAAUCUGGCUUUAAAUAAAUUUGAAAUAUGCAUAACCAGCCCACUAAACGGAGACGUCAAAAGAAGUAGCCCAGUGGAAAAUGUGGUGGCAAUGAUGUAAAGAUAAGAUAAUCAGUAUUUCUCGUUUGUGGAAGUUGUCAGAAGUGCUCGAGUAAAAGCUUCCAACACAAUGAAAUUACACAAGUGUAUGCAGCAAGUACUUAUAGUAAGAAUUAAUGAUAUUAUUUAUGAUAUUAUAUUUUGUUAAUACUGAUACAAUAAUGUGUCAGCAGCAUCUUAUUCUGUUCCAAUUGUUCAAGGUUAAUGCAUGUCAAGGUAGCUUGGACCGGUCAGUGAAAAGUGUUUCAUUGGGGGGAAAAGUCUGUAAUAUUUUUCUUCCCUAUAACUAUCAUUUACUAGUUGUGUCUAAACAUGAAAUAAAUCAUUAAUAACACACUCCAGUAAAGUUGCAUUCAGAUCUAACUGUUAAUUAAUGUAUUUGUUAACUAAUUUAAAGCCUGUAUAAACAGAUACAGUUGUGCAGAUACAGUCAUAAUAAUAAUAUAUUUUUUGUAGUUUGUAAAAGAUAAAAAAAUCAACAAUAUCUUUAAAUAAAACAAUAGCUGCUCUGAGAGCCAGCCUAACAAAUAUUACCACUCAAAAUCUCUAGGAUCUUCCUGCCCAUGAGUAGGUGAGGUGAUUAGCAUGAUGAAGUCUUUCAAUUCGACUCAAUUCAUAUUUUAUUUAUCUCGCACCAAAUAAUAACAUACAUUUUCUUCAGGCAUUUUACUUGUUAAAGUAAAUGGUAAAUGGUUUUGUAUUUAUAUAGCGCUUUUCUAGUCUUGAUGACCACUCAAAGGGCUUUACAGAACAUUUUUACAAUCACCGACACACACACAUUCAUACAGUGCAUCUAUUAGCAGCACUCUUGUUGUUCUAUGAGGGCCAAUUCAGGGUUCAGCAUCUUGCUCAAGGACACUUCGGCAUGCAGAUGGGAAAGACCGGGGAUCGAACUACCGACCUUCAGGUUGGAGGACGACCGCUCUACCCCUCAGCCACAGCCGCCCAAGGUCAAGAACUUAAUAAUAUUAGACAAACCCAACAGUUCCCACAAUGAGCAGCACUUUGGUGAUUGUGGAGAGAAACCCUGUCCCAAGCAAGGCCCUGACACAUAUUUGUGAUCAUCACCAUAUCAACUACCAUUUGUACCAUGACAACUCACCACUGUAUACCUCGGUUUCUAUUAUCAGUUUAAAUUAUUUGAGGACUAUUAUGCAAACUUUAAAACUGGAUUACUGAUUCACAUUUACAUUAAAAAGAUGCUGAAAUGCUCAUUUGUGCCUUUCUUACUUGCUAAAUUGGAUUACCUAAAAGGGAUAAUUACUAUAGCUGGUUCAAAAUGCUAUAGCUAGAAAGAAAGCAGAUAAAUAUACACACUGAAGACCCUACACUGGCUACCUGCACCUUUCAGAAAGGAUUUUAAAGCUAUUUCAAUUGUCUAGAAGCUUUUGACUUUUGAGCUUUUGUUUUUUUACCAAGUAUUGACUCAGGGGGGUGACUUACUUAUGCACCCAACGGAUGUCAACUUUUUUGUUCUCAUUAUUGUUGUGUCACAAUUAAAGGUAUUUUGCACCUUCAAAGUACUAUGCAUAUUGUGUUGAUCAAAUGGUAAAAAGUCUGUUUCAGUCUAUUUGAAUUAUUUCAGAUUGUAACAGUGCAAAAUGGGAAAAAUAUAUAUAUUAUUUUUGGACAUUAGUGCACAUGGUUCACAUGCACUGUUGUGACAUAUGGACACAUGGACAGUGGUCCACGGUCAAUAUCAUUUUAUUUACAGUGGUUGCUUAUAAAAUAAUAAAAAAAUUAGAGUAAACCCUAACCCUAACUUAACUUGA